AUGCCGAAUUGUGACGGCGGCGAGGGCGACACGGACGGAGCAGGCGACAAAGGCGAAUCCGACGGCGGAGGCGGCGACGGCGACACGGACGGAGGCGGCGAAAGCGAGACCGAUGGCGGCGACGGCGACGGCAAGCGAGCUUGCUGCGGGGAGGGCGAGACGGAGGAAGGCAGCGGCGACGGCGACACGGAUGGAGGCGGCGACGGCGACACGGACGGAGGCGGCGAAAGCGAGACCGAUGGCGGCGACGGCGACGGCAAGCGAGCUUGCUGCGGGGAGGGCGAGACGGAGGAAGGCAGCGGCGACGGCGACACGGACGGAGGCGGCGACGGCGACACGGACGGAGGCGGCGAAGUCGACACGACCGACGGCGGCGGGGAGAGCGAUUCCAACGGCGGCGGCGGCGACGGCGACAAGGACAGAGGCGGCGAAAGCGAGACCGACGGCGGCGACGGCGACGGCGACAUGGAUUGA